AUGGCCGAUGCCGACCUUCUUGACGUCUUGAUCGUUGGGUCCGGUAGCGCCGGGCUGACGGCGGCGCUGUGGUUGGCGACCUACAACACGACACACCCGCGGCAACAGAUCAAGUUCAAGAUCCUGGAACGACGUGGCGGACCCAUGGCCAUUGGACAGGCCGACGGCAUACAAUGUCGCACCGUCGAGAUCUUCGAAACCCUGGACCUGUCAGAGGACCUGCUCCGCGAGGCGUAUCACGUCCUCGAAGUCGCCUUCUGGAGCCCUGACGGGCAGGGUGGCAUCUACAGGAGCGAUCGCGCGGCUGAUACGGCCAAAGGUCUGAGCCAUAUGCCGCAUCUCAUCCUGAACCAGGCACGGGUCAAUGGUCUGCUGCUGGAGAAGCUGAGGAAGCUUGGAGCUGGCCGGGGCGAGGAAGUGAGUUACGGGUGGACCGUAAAGAGUGUCAGUCUCGAUGAGGAGCUGGCUGAGAUGCAUGACGCGAGUUAUCCCUGUACGGUUGUUGCGGUGAGAGACGAAGACGGAAAAGAAGAAAUUUUCAGGUCCAAGUAUGUCUUGGGGUGUGAUGGCGCACACAGUGUCGUGCGCAAAUCACUGGGCUACAAGAUGGUUGGGGACAGCACCGAUGCCGUUUGGGGUGUCAUGGACAUCUAUCCUCAAACCAACUUCCCAGACAUCCGUCGCAAGGUCACCGUCCACUCCGACACAGGGUCCCUUCUGGUCAUUCCUCGAGAAGGCGGCUGCUUGACCCGCUUCUACAUCGAAUUUCCGCCGGGCACAAACGUCAAGGAUAUCAAACUCGAAGACCUGCACAAAAAAGCUCGGCAGAUCUUCCACCCGUACAAGAUGGACUUUGCAGACACGUACUGGUGGUCAUGCUAUUCAAUAGGUCAACGUCUCGCGGAUCACUUCACCAAGUCUAACCGGGUAUUCUUGACCGGCGACGCAUUCCACACGCACUCACCAAAGGCCGGACAGGGGAUGAAUGUCAGCCUGCAGGAUGGGUUCAACCUCGGCUGGAAACUGGGCCAUGUCCUAACGGGACAGACAACACCAGAGUUGUUGAAGACGUACAGCAUUGAGCGCGGCAAGACGGCGGCCGAUCUCAUCGACUUUGACCGUUACUUUAUGAAGCUGUUUGCGAGCAACAAGGGGGACAACGAGAAGAAGGUAACCCCCGAAGAGUUUCGCGAGGGCUUUAUCAAGUCCGGACGGUACACUGCUGGGUUGACAUCGAAAUACGAGGACUCCAGCGUCACAUCCAGCGCCGCCAGUACGCAGGAACUGGCCAAGGAGCUUGUGGUCGGCAUGAGAUUUCCGGGGGCGCAGGUGGUGCGGUUCUGCGACGUGAAGGCCAUGCAACUCUCGCGGGCCUUGAAGGCCGACGGUCGGUGGCGCGUCAUCUUCUUUGCCGGCAGAAUCGAAAGCCCAGAACUGCUCUCGAGGCUCAAGCAGAUCGCGGAAUACAUGGAAUCUCGCGCUGGUCCCGUGCGAAAGUACACCCCUCUGUCAGCAGAUAUCGACAGUUUCAUCGAGCCCAUCGUGCUCGUCAGUGGCAACCGCGUGCAACUCGAACAGGAGCAAAUCCCCGAUUAUUUCUGGCCCGUCACGGGCAAGUGGAAGAUGAGAGAUCUCCACAAAGUCUUCGUCGACGACGAGCAUUAUAAUUCAGGCCACGGCCACGCUUAUGAAAAGUACGGCGUGGACCCGGACAAGGGCGCCACUGUCAUUGUGCGACCUGAUCAAUAUGUCUCAAAGGUUCUUUACAUCGACGACACCGCGGGGAUCGGCCGGUUCUUCGACGGGUUCUGCGUCUCGCACCAAGAACAGAAUGGCGGGAACGGCCAUCUAUAA